AUGCUAUCAACUACCGAAGAUGGAGAUAAUCCCUCAAAGGAUUCCGACCCUUUAGAUGAGGCCCAAGCGAACCCAAACGGAACAUGGCCAAGCUCGGGUGACCGCGUAGCACCUGCACCACAACCCGCAUGUGCUGCGCAACCCCUCUCCAAACGCGUAACCCAUAUCUACACCGGCUCCUAUUUAAUCCUCUUCUCGCUCCUGGGAACACUGGCCCGCCUAGGCCUACAGGCACUGACAUUCUACACAGGCGCUCCUGUCGUGACAGGGGUGCUAUGGGCAAAUGUAGCUGGAAGCCUGAUCAUGGGUUUCCUGAGCGAAGACCAGAAGUUGUUCCGCGAAGAGUGGGGGUUAAAUCCAGCCAAGGAACCAGCUAUAGACGCAGUUGGGGACGAGUCCAAGAUCAAGAACAAGAAACACAUGGCUGUGAAAAAGACCAUCCCCCUGUACAUUGGGUUGACGACAGGGUUCUGCGGUUGCUUCACCUCCUUCUCGUCCUUUAUACGGGACGUCUUCCUCGCUCUGGCAAAUGUCCUUCCCGAUCCGUCGCGGCCUACCGGAUCCCACCCGACCUCCCGCAAUGGCGGGUAUAGCUUCAUGGCGCUGGUCGCUGUGAUUCUACUCACCGUAUCGCUGAGUCUGUCGGCGCUUAUCGUCGGUGCACAUCUUGCCCUGGCUCUACAACGCGUGACACCCACCGUGCCCUUUGCGUUCAUGCGACGAGUCCUCGACCGAGUUGUGGUCGUGCUGGCCUGGGGAUGUUGGCUUGGAGCUGUGUUCCUAGCCAUCUGGCCGCCAGACAGACAUGAUGGCCCAGAUGUGUGGCGCGGCCGGGCGGUAUUCGCUCUCGUCUUUGCGCCCCUUGGCUGUCUUCUUCGGUUUUACGUCUCGCUGCACCUGAAUAGUAGGAUUCCCACCUUCCCACUCGGUACGUUUGCGGUUAAUAUCUUUGGAACUAUUAUUGAGGGUCUUUGCUAUGACUUGCAGCACGUUAAUGGUCUUGGGGCGGUGGGUCCUGCUGCUAUGACGGGUUGCCAGGUGCUGCAGGGUGUUAUGGAUGGAUUCUGUGGGAGCUUGACCACUAUCAGUACUUGGGUUGCCGAGUUGAAAGGACUGGCUCAUCGGCGCCAUGCGUAUUUGUAUGGAAGUGUCAGCAUAGUUGUCGCCCUUGGGUUUUUGGUUGUUAUCAUGGGUUCGUUGUUGUGGACGCGUGGGUUUGCCGAGCCCGUGUGUGGAUAG